CGAACGAGAACCGCCCACCCCAACCCCAACUCGCUGCCGCGCCCGCCCGCAUCACAAGUCCGAUCGCAACACGCUUGCAACGACGCGUGAAGCAAUUUCUUGCAACUUCUACGCGCGUUUGCGCCCGCACAUUCCCCCAUCCCGAUUUCCCUGCGCCCUCCUCAGCCUGGCUCAUCAGCGCGACAUCUCGAAAGCGACACCCCCGGCGGAGUUCCAUCAGCCUCAUCAUCCGAAGGACUCUUCCCAACGCCCGCAUCGUUCGAGCAUGUCAUAGUCGCAUCUCUCGUGCCCCAUUCACUUCUCCUACACUCCCCAACGGUCAUUUCUGCAUUUCACGCGCUUGGUGGCCACAUCUGCCUACGUGCGGUGUCCGCGUCUACGGUCCACCAAAAACCUGGAAGGCGCAUCUGAUAGCAUCGCCUUUCACAACUCUACGGAGGCUCCAUCAUCAUGGCGUCCGUUCAAUCAGCACCCGGCAUCGGCGCGCCGGGCGCGCUGCCCCUAAACAUGACAAAGGAGAUGGUCCAGCAGGUCUAUCUGAAAUACAACCAGAUGAGACAGAACGGUACCCCUGAGACUGACCCCGAGUUCAUGAAGGCGCGCAGCAUCUUGACAUUGGUCCAGAAAAAGACCCAAUUCGAGAAGCAAAAGUCUGCCAUGAUGCAACAGCAGAUGAUGCAGCGGCAGCAACAGCAAGGCCCAGCCGGUCAACAAGGAUUACAACAAAAUGGAACUGCUACGAACGGGACAAAGCCGGCUGUGCCAGGCGAUGGUAGGCCGUCCAUUUCGACGGGCUCCAGCGCCGGCCCAUCCAGCGCUCAAGCUGCGACAGCAGGUCCGCAACCUCAAAGUGCUGGAACUGAUGCGCAGACCCCUACAUCCGCGACCAGUGCUGGGGCGAACGCGUUCGCACCAGAACAGUUGAGGCUUCUGCGCCAGCAAAUUGCUGCCUUCAAGCAAUUGUCCAAGGGACUUCCUCUCCCAGCCCAUAUGCAGCAGCAACUCUUUGCCUCUCAACAAGCCAAGAAGUCUCAAACCGCCUCCGAUGUACUUGCAGCCGCCUCACAGGUCCUUACUAAUGCUACCCGUGCAGCCAACGCACCUGUCGUCGACCCCAGCGGUGUUCUCAAGGAUCCCAAGGAUCUAUUCCGACCCGAAACAUUCGAGGAUCCUUGGGGCGAGAAGUAUAUGAGGGAAAACGUUAACUACAUCGCCCAUACUUACCGUGAUUGCCGCCCUUAUCUCCCAUCCAUUAUGCCUCUAGGCGUCAACAUCGACGAUGUCCGCCUCCAAAGUGAGACGAUUAGACACAAUCGAAUUGAGGCACGUCGGGCAGAGUUGGAAAAGCUCAGUGCCAACAUUGGCUCUUGGGAUACAAGCCGUUCAGAUACUCCAGAAGAUGACGGAAAAGCUAAGCGUGCUCUGGUGAUCGAACACAAGAUGCUUGGUCUGCUACAGAAGCAACGCGCUCUUCGCAAGACUAUCAGCCGAGAAAUGAUUCUUUCUGACAAUCUUGCAAUGACGGCCAAUCGUUCCAUCUACCGACGCCUCAAGAAACAAUCUCUGCGCGAGGCACGCAUCACAGAGAAGCUCGAGAAACAACAGCGCGAUGCCCGUGAAACCAAGGAGAAGAAGAAGCACCACGACUUCAUCGAAUCCAUCCGCAAGCACCGUAACGAGCUUACUGAGGCUGGUGUUGCCCAACGCCAUCGUCUGCAAAAGCUGGGUCGCACAAUGAUUUCUACCCACCAGACCAUCGAAAAGGAAGAGCAGAAGCGAAUCGAGCGAACUGCCAAGCAGCGUCUGCAAGCCUUGAAGGCCAACGACGAAGAGACUUACCUCAAGUUGUUGGGACAGGCCAAGGACACUCGUAUCUCCCAUCUCCUCAAACAAACCGACGGUUUCUUGAAGCAGCUCUCGGCUUCCGUGAAACAACAACAGCGAAGCCAUGGCAUGCUACCAGGAUCAGACGAGCCUUCAGACGACGAAUCCGAAGAAGACGUUGGUACUGACGAGGAAGAAGAAACUGGCAAGAAACGAACAGAUUACUACGAGAUUGCUCAUCGUAUCAAGGAAGAGGUCACAGCACAAUCGUCCAAUCUUGUGGGUGGUACUCUGAAGGAGUACCAGCUCAAGGGUCUACAAUGGAUGAUAUCCUUGUACAACAACAACUUGAACGGUAUCCUUGCCGAUGAGAUGGGUCUCGGAAAGACAAUUCAGACGAUUAGUUUGAUCACAUACCUGAUCGAAAAGAAGCAGCAACCAGGACCCUACCUGGUCAUCGUCCCAUUGAGUACUUUGACAAAUUGGAACAAUGAGUUCGAGAAGUGGGCACCGAGCAUCACUCGCAUUGUGUACAAGGGUCCUCCCAAUCAACGAAAGCAGCAUCAACAGCAAAUUCGAUGGGGUCAAUUCCAAGUCCUCUUGACCACAUACGAAUUCAUCAUCAAGGAUCGCCCGAUUCUUGGCAAGAUCAAGUGGGUUCAUAUGAUUGUCGACGAAGGUCAUCGUAUGAAGAAUGCAAACUCGAAACUCAGCAGUACCAUCACGCAGUACUAUACAACUCGCUUCCGUCUCAUUCUUACUGGAACUCCUCUACAAAACAAUCUUACUGAACUAUGGGCCAUGCUCAACUUCGUGCUGCCGACCAUCUUCAAAUCCGUCAAAUCGUUCGAUGAGUGGUUCAAUACCCCCUUCGCAAACACUGGUGGUCAGGACAAGAUGGAGCUUACUGAAGAAGAGCAGCUUCUCGUCAUUCGUCGUUUGCAUAAGGUUCUUCGUCCUUUCUUGCUCCGUCGUCUCAAGAAGGAUGUGGAAAAGGAUCUGCCCGACAAGACCGAGCGUGUCAUCAAAUGCAACUUUUCGUCCUUGCAAGCUAAGUUGUACAAGCAACUUGUCACUCACAACAAAUUGAUGGUCAGCGAUGGCAAGGGCGGCAAGCAAGGUAUGAGAGGUUUGAGUAAUAUGCUCAUGCAAUUGCGCAAACUUUGUAAUCAUCCAUUCGUUUUUGAGGAGGUCGAGGACCAGGUCAAUCCGGGCAGAGGCACAAACGAUCUGCUUUGGCGAACUGCGGGCAAGUUCGAGUUGCUAGACAGGAUCUUGCCCAAGUUCCAGGCUACCGGGCAUCGUGUUUUGAUCUUCUUCCAGAUGACUCAGAUCAUGAACAUCAUGGAGGAUUAUCUACGCCUUCGAGGUAUGAUGUACAUGCGUCUCGAUGGAGCAACCAAAGCCGACGAUCGGUCCGACCUUCUGAAGGAAUUCAAUGCGCCAAAUUCGCCAUACUUCUGUUUCUUGCUCUCCACACGUGCGGGUGGUCUAGGUCUUAACCUUCAAACCGCCGAUACAGUCAUUAUCUACGAUUCUGAUUGGAAUCCUCAUCAGGAUUUGCAGGCUCAGGAUCGUGCCCAUCGUAUUGGACAGAAGAACGAGGUCCGCAUUCUUCGUUUGAUCACAUCGAACUCCGUUGAAGAGAAGAUUCUCGAGCGAGCCAACUACAAGUUGGACAUGGACGGCAAAGUCAUUCAGGCCGGUAAAUUCGACAAUAAAUCGACCAAUGAGGAACGAGACGCCAUGCUUCGAAUCAUGUUGGAGUCCGCAGAGGCGGCUGAGAGUCUUGAGAACGAGGAGAUGGAUGACGACGAUCUCAACUUGAUCAUGAUGCGUUCAGAAGAAGAAUUAACAACAUUCCAGAAAAUGGACAAGGAAAGAAUCGCAGCAGACAAGUAUGGACCGAACAAGAAGUACACUCGUCUCCUAAGUGAGAGUGAACUCCCUGAGAUCUAUCUUACCGACGACGUCCCUGUGGUUGAAGAGGUUCAAGAAGAGAGCUUUGGUCGAGGUGCUCGUGAACGCACACGUGUUCGAUAUGACGAUGGCCUGACCGAAGAGCAAUGGCUUGACGCGGUCGAUAAUGACGACGACACGAUCGAAGAUGCUAUUGCUCGACGCGAUGCUAAGAUGCAGAAACGUCUGAAGAAAUCUGGCAAGUCUGACGUCGCCGAAUCCCCUGUGCCGUCAAGGGAAAGCUCGGAAGAACCACAACCAGUAGUCAAGAAGCGUGGACGCAAGGUCAAGACAGCUGAAAAGCGCAAGGCAGAUGAGGCAUCCCUGGACGGUGACGCCGCACCUCGCAAGCGUGGCCGUCCUACGCCCAGCAAGGUCACGGAAACACUGGGUCCCGAAGAACGUGCCACUCUCCAGAAGAUCGUGAACGUUGUGUACGAAGCCUUGAACGAUUUGGAGGAGGAAUCCACGGAAGACGGCAUCCCACCACGCGGCAUCAUUGAUCCUUUCAUCGAGCUUCCUGACAAAUGGGACUACCCCGAUUACUACCAGAUCAUCAAGAAUCCCGUCUGCAUGAACCAGAUCAAGAAGAGGAUCAACAAGAAGGAAUACCAGAGCCUCAAACAAUUCCGCCAGGACAUAACUACUCUUUGCAACAACUGUCGCACCUACAACGAAGACACGAGUCUAUUAUACCAGGAUGCCAAUCUUAUCGAACAGACCGCCAUUGAUCAGCUCAAGAAGGCGACUGAAGAUCAUCCUGAUAUGCAGGACUUCGACGACGGUAGCAGCGUCAAUGGUGGGCUUUCUACGGCCAUCACUUCAGCGGUCGGAACUCCCAAGCCAGUUGCAGGCUGAAUGUAGAACAAUACCCACUAUAGAACUACAUGCAUCAUUCUUGACACGAUAAUCGAAGGGGGAUUCACGUACAGGUGGCUUGGCGCGAGUUGGCGAGCUUUGAGAUUCGCAUUUCCACUUUCAAAACUUGUCAUUUUCUUAUAAGCUGUACAAGAUUGGCGUUUGGCACACAACACACCCAUUUUAUUGGUGGCACACCUAUGCACCGACUCCAACGGAGGUCAAGGUCUAUCGGCAUAGGCGCGAAGGAAACUUUUUUAUUGACAUUCAUAUUGAAUCUUUGCUUUGGGUGGUUUUUCUUUCCCGGGUUCAGAAAGGAGAUAGUAGUGGUGCAGGUUUAGUACUAUGCUUUUCUGCUUUGCAAAAGGCUAGUUAGAGUAUGUGUCAAAUCAAACGAUGAAAUCCAAAGUCUGAAC